AUGGAUCUCCGUGUACCGCUAUCCUGCGUCCUCGGCGCUCCUCUCGCUCAGCGCCACGCGGUCCCGCACCGCACACUCCUUCUGGACGCCACCCACCAGUUCGUCCAGUACCUCACCUCCAAUGACACGCGCCUUCCGCAGCACCCCACUUUGGCGGUGGAGGCACGGCCAGCGGAGGAGUACGAGACGUACGUCGGGGAGGAUGUCUGGCAGCAACAGGAGGGCACCGCCUCCUACAGCUCUGACCCCGCGCCUUGCUUUGACGAUGUGGUUCAGUGGGUAACGGACACUCUGCAUGAGGUUGGCGGCCACGGCGACGGGGUGGUGCUUUGCGGGCGGAGCGUCGUUGCCGAUGAUUGCGGUUGGGCGGUGUUUUCGCGAACCCCGACGCUGCUCUCCUCCCGGGACGUAUUCAUUGCGAUGCGCAAUUCGUCCAAGUUUAUGCGGGACGUGCACCACCAGCUCCGGAGAGGCGCGUCCGCGGCGUCGGGGCCUUUGAAGGUGGAGGUGACGUUGGCAAAGGCGUUGGGCAGGAAUCAGGCACUGGAGUUCCGCGCUUUUCUUCCGUACCGUCUGCACACAUCCGCCGGGGAGGUCCGUGCUGAGGCGUGGGAGGACCAUAUGUACGCUGGAAUCAGUCAGCGGGCGACGGAUGUGUGCUUUCCCAUCUUGAUGGCGUGGGACGAGGCCACGCAUGACGAGAAUUAUCGCACCGUGAUGCGACACAUUAGGCACGCCAGGCUGUUGGAGCGGGCCCUUGAGAACAGCGCACGACUGCGCAUGACGCUUCUUCGGCAGGUGGCUAACAUCUCUCCUGCCGUCGGAGUUCCAAGCACGGAGUCGGCGGUUGUACUGCUAGCGGUGGAUCUACUGUUUGAGAGUCCAUCGUUGCCGGUGUAUUUGCUGAGCGCUGCAGUGCGAUGCUUUUCCCACGACGGCGCCAAGGACCCGGCGUGCGCCUUUCCAUUCAUCCUCGACAACGAAGCGGCGGGUGGCACAUGGGAGGAAAAUAACACACGCUCUACCAACACCGUUGCGGACGCGGACGCCGAGUCUGGUGGUGGUGGGAGUGACGAGAGUGACGACGACGAGGAGGUAUCGUGGGACUCCGCCAGCUUUUUUCGCCUGUUUCGCGACGUCGCCAACUGGAACCGUCACGUGGAGGUGUGGCGCCAACGCGGCGAUGCAGCAGCUGCCGGGGGGCACGCCUACACUUCGGGGACUCAAAAGGAGCAGCGUUUUUUUGUCGUCGCCUCCGAGCGUGAUGAUCUCGUGACGACGAAGGAGUCUCUGGCGAAGCGUGGGCUUCCGUUGGAGUUCCUGCGCCCGGACCUUUUUAAAGGCGAUGAUAAUUUCAUGCGAGAGUGGCGCGAGAAACUGAUGCAGAGCCUGACCAUGGCGCAGCAGUGCCGGGGAAGCUGA